AUGCCCCCGGAUAUGAUUCAAGAAACAACUACGAAAAUUGUUACAAGCCUCGCGCUAGAAAAUCAAGGACAAGAUGUGCCGCGAAGUGUUUAUCAUGAGACGAUGGUGGCUUGUGCACCCAGCGGCCACGGGUUUGAUGGUAGCGUCGGAUCUAGAUCUCUAGCCUACCAGGGGAAUAUGGAGAAUAUGGGUUUUGAGAUUGAUCAAAGGAUGGAAAAAAUGCAAUUGGAAGCUUCGGGGUCUGGGUACGAGACGAGAUUGGAAGAUCCGAGAGCUAGAAUUGGAGGGUUUGAGACUGGAUUGAAGGAUUCGGGUCCACCCGCUGGCCUAGCUGGAGCAGGCCCCAAAUACGAAACUGAAAGUGCACAGGGUAUACGUAGUGGGACAAUAUCACCUUCCGAAAGUACCCUCAGCACCGCUACAACAUACGGCGGCAAAUCCCAAGAUGACGAAGACGAUGAUUUUGAAUUCGAAAGGAUGGUUUUUAACUACCAAAAAGCUGGAGCAUAUUUCGGAGCAUCCGACUGGGCGAAAGCCGAAGUAUAUCUAUCUGCCGUCGUCACCAUGCUAGACACCCACCCGAAGUUCGAAGCUAAACUCCAGGUAACCGAUAAAUUCAACAUCAUGUCCAUUCUGCUGGCCUGCCAGGCCAGACAAAAUAAGUGGAACGAAGUCCUAAACAAUAUUGACAUAGUGGUAGAAAGUGCUAAGGUUUCGACGAUGUUACCAGAGGACUUACAGUGUGUUAUUGGUACACUAGAGAAUUUGAGGGCAGACGCGUAUGUGGGACUUGGGGAUUUGGAAACCGCGAGGUUGGUUUGCAAGAAAGCUGUUAGAAUGAGGAGAGGGGACUCGAAGAGGCUAGGUGAGAGUGUAUCGCUCAUGGUAAGUAUUUUGGGAGAACUGGGAACCGAAUAUGACGUCGAGGCGGAGUUUUAUAAGUCUUUGAUUCCUAAGAAAUUGGAUUUACCGCCAAAAGAGGCACCGCUGGAAGGGUCAAAAGUACCGGAUCAAGAAGUGCUUCCCGUCAGUACCGAAAACGACACUCCGAUUGAUACUGACGCCGUAUUUAUUGAGAAAUCCGAUAUUGAAAAUUGUCUCAAAGACGAAUCCCCCUUGAUAACGGCAACCUCGGCGUCCACAGAAACAUCUGUCUUGACAACACCACCAUACUCCCCAGGUUUAAAGAAGACGGAAGAAUUCAAAGAGACCAAUAUGCCAGACCACUAUGCAAAUUAUGGGUCAAAUGCCAUCGGGGAACUUAGCGGCGAACCUUCUAAGCUCUAUGGAAGGGAUGGGUCGGAUGUCAUCGAGGAGCUUAGUACCGAAUCUUCUAACCGCCUUCGCAUGGAGGGACUUCUAAAACAUUUUGGUUACAAAGUAGUAGCCGACCCUGAAGGGGGAAAGUUAUUCGUGCCUGCCCAAGAUGUUUGGUCAGGCAAGGACACUGAGGCAUUGAUACCUCAUGUUGAAUUGCAGGUUAUUAUGCAUAGGGCGAUCACUGAGGAAGGACACAUUGAAAUAGUAGAAGCGCUUCUUAAACAUAGUCGGAAACAAGUCUUCAGUCUUUCAAUGGAUAUGAGUUCCCAUGUUCAUUCCUCUGAACGCGGAAACCCCUUACUUUAUGCAGUCUGGUAUAACAAUCUCGAAAUGGUCGCUUUACUUCUUAAGUACGGAGCAGACAUAAAUUCGAUGACGAGUCAGGCGUACACUGCUCUUCACAUCGCCGCGGGAAUGAGGGGCAAGGGUACCAAAAUGAUGGAACUGCUAAUCGUUUGCGGAGCCGCAACAGCUGGCCCUAUUGUCAGACAGAACGUGCGCGGGGUGUCACCUUUACAUUUGUCGUUGUCAAAAAAACAGGAUACCAAUGAAACUGAUAAAUUAGCUCUGCUCUUAAAAAAUGGAGCAGAGAUCGAUGCGAAGGAUUGCUAUGGGGAGACUCCACUGAUGAGGUCGACACAUACUUCAACGGCGCCGACCACUUUGUUCCUGCUAGAGGCAGGAGCCAAUGCCCAAGCCGUAAAGUCUAAUGGGGACAGUGCCCUGCAUUUGGUAGCAAGAUAUUAUAAUGACGCCGGAAAUUCCAGGGCCCACCGGGAAGAUGGGAAGUCGAAGAUUGGAUGGCUGCUGAAGUACAAAGCAGACAAAAAUUUAAAGAAUAAGGAGGGAAUGCGGCCGAUUGAUUAUGUAAAGGGCGAGGCAGCCCUGAAGAUGCUAGGUGGGGUGCUCAAUAUGGGACCGGAAGGUAUCCUGGAGAUGAAUGCAAAGAGCGAUACUCGAAUUUUGACCGAAAACCAGUCUCAGGAUUCCCAGCGAUCAGUAUAUCAGGAAUCUCUCGCUAUUCUCGACACAGGAUUUGGAUCUUUCAGCCCUGCUGACAAAAUUGAACAUAUGAGUCUACAUAACCGUAAUCGUACGUUCGAAGUGGAGGUGGUGUCGGAAAGUCCGAUCGGCACCUCACCAAUACUGCCGCGGUUGGAAAACCAUAACUUCAGAUCCAUGUCUUCUGGCAGCUCUUUCGAGGGCUCUCAAUACUCUAGACGGGAAAGUAGCUCGACCGCACUGACGGCUACUACAUACGAUCCCCAGGAAUCUGACUCGGAUGAUGAUGAUAUGAAGCUUGGAAAGCUCAGAUACUAUAUCACUGAAGCUGAAAAACUAAAAUCGAUCGGAGAAUUCAAAAAGGCAGCUUCAUUCUUCCGGGUUAUAGUCAAACAAUUGAACGACAGCCCCGGAUUGGAAAGAAGUCUGAAGAAUACUCGAUUGCACUAUAUUGUUGAAUUAGUCGAGAUACAAACACGCCUGAAGAACUGGAGCGAUGCACUGAUCACUGUUCAGAAUAUGAUUGGGGGUUCGGAUGAUCCUACGCUUGUCGGACUGGUCGAACAUUGGCAAGCUUGGGUAUAUUACCAACAAGGGAGCUUGGACUCUGCGAGGUCGAGAUGCGAUAAAGCUAUCAAGAAGAUCAAAAAGAGCAAAGGGAACAAUGAGGAUAGUGUAAUGCUCAUGCUUCAGAUUCUUGACGACAUGGGAACACAAGAUCCUGAUAUAAAGGAGGAAUGUGAAGUUGAAGCAUCCUUUUAUAGGAAUUUAAUUUCACUGAAAGAGCCACCGGAUCCAGUAUCGUAUCCAGAUGUCCCCAAGAAAGAGGUGCCGGACUUGAAAUACCCAUCUUCUGUCGUAGAGUUGGAUACGAAGAGCGAUUCAGGCUGGGGACCCUCGAUGGCAAUUAUACCUGUGCCCUCUGAAGACCCCCAACCACAGGUCCACGAAUUAUCGUCAUCUCCGUCAGUACGUCGAGGGAAUAUGCCGGUGAUCUAUGCACCUCCGGCACCGAGAUUUGAAGAUGUCGAGGAACACCGAAGAAUUCUGCAACAACAUGGGCUGAACUUGGAUGAUGGUAGUCUUAAUCGCGUAGGGCAGGUGGGAGGACGCAAGGAUACAAGAUUUGAAGAUAUCGAGGAACACCGGAGAAUUUUGCAACAACAUGGACUGGACUUGGAUGAUGGCAGUGUUAUUCGCGUAGAGCAAAUGAGAGGAGGCAAGGAUACAAGAUUUGUUGCGAUCCGUGAGGCUGUCACAAAAAAUGACCUUGCACUUGCCGAUGCUUUGUUUAGUGAUCCGAAGCUACGCCAAUACAAGAUGGAUGUCGAGUACACUGGUUGGGGAAAGGAUGAGAGUCAACCUUUACACUUUGCCGUCUCGAAGAACAAUAUCGACAUAGUCCGAUUGCUUCUGAGAAAAGGCGUCAACAUCCUCUCGGUUACGGCGAAAUGGAAACUCACCGCCCUGCAUAUCGCCAGUUCAGUUUCAAGUAUUGGUUGCGAAAUGGUGGAGUUCCUGAUGGAUAAUGGUAUUCCAGUAGACGGCAUAGAGGGCCCGGAAUCUGGCUGCCGGUCAUUGCCCAUACAUCUAGCAUGUGCUGCUCGUGAAAGAACAAAAGUCGAGCUUCUUAUUAGGAGGAGGGCAAGUGUCAAUGCCAAGGACUUUCACCAAGCGUCACCGCUAGGAGUUGCUAUUAUGUCGGCAAGAACUUCAGUUCAUAUCAAGGUUCUGGUUGAUGCUGGUGCCUUAGUGGAUGACACAGACAAAGAGGGGGAUACACCAUUGCACAUCGCUGCGGCGAAUUCAAACCUCGAAGGGAUUAAGAUAUUGUUGGAAUGUGGGGCAAACCGUAGCAUAAAGAACAAGAAAGGGAAGCGACCGCUCGAUGUAGCCAAGGCUGUGGGCGAUUUUUCUCCCGAGAUUAAAACACUUCUCAAGUGA